AUGUACUUUCUUUGGAUUCUUGUACUUUGUAUUGUGGAGGUCUGUGGUCACGGGAAGUUAUGGGAGCCACCUAGCCGUUCCUCUAUGUGGAGGAGAGGAUUCGAUUCCCCAGUGAAUACUAAUGAUAAUGAACUAAACUGUGGUGGAUAUGAGAACCAUUGGAUUCAUCAAGGGGGACGAUGCGGAGUUUGUGGCGACCCAUACCAAGACCACCCCAGACCCAACGAAGCAGGCGGUAGAUAUGCUACAGGGGUUAUUACGCGGAAAUACAAGGCUGGUGACGUCAUAGAUUUAGCAGCAGAUCUCACUGCCAACCAUGUUGGUGUUUUCGAAUACCGUGUGUGUCCUAUCCGAGAUGUAAAUAUUCCAGCCACACAGGAGUGCUUCGAUAAGUAUCCUGUGUUAAUAACAGAGUCUAUAGAUGGUCGCUACCAUGUCAACGCCUCAGAAAAUGGCGUAAUUCACAUGAAAGGUCGCCUUCCACCGAACCUGUCGUGUGAGCACUGUGUACUACAGUGGCGCUAUAACACAGGUAACCGUUGGAACUGUGAUAUAAACGAUAGAUGCGGACAUGGAUUAGGUCCUCAGGAAGAAUUUUAUGGCUGUGCAGAUAUCUCGAUAACAGAGAAUCCAGACUUUCUAAAGGACUCCAGAUCUAACAAGAGACCGCUCCAUCUUUUUGAGCCACUGGAAAUUCAACUGAGAAAUACUUUGGAAAAUUUCAGAUCAAUUUCAAGGGAUUAUCCAACGGAAAAAUCUUACUCAUCAGAUAUUUACCCGACAUCUAUCGACAAACGAUUCAUUCCUGUGAUGACAACAGAAUUGCCAGAGGCAGUUUCGGAUUUUACUGUUUUGCCAAUAAGAGGUUUUCCAAUGCCGCUGGAAAUUCAGCCGGUGACUAAAUCUGCAUUUCAGUCCGCAUUGGGUUCUAAACGUACAAAGAUUAAAUUUAAAAAACCAUCUAUAGACAAUCCUGAGAUGACUACAUGGUCACCGUUAACAGUUUCAGAUUACACUGUUUCGUCAAUAAAGGGUGUUCCAGUGCAGCUGGAAAUCCAGCCAGUGACAGUAAAAUCUGCCAUUCAGUCUGUCUUGGGUGCUAAACGUACAAAGAUUAAUUUUAAAAAGAGGCCAUCAAAUACUGAAAUUGAUCCAUUGGACAUCAAAACAACAAAACACAAUGGACAGAAGGUAGCUGUCCUUGAGAAGUUGUCCGAUAUGUUGUGGUCGAUGAUGAAGUCACUCAUGGUGCAGUCAAACAAACGAAAUGGGCAAAAUAUAGCAUCUGUAAAAUGGGAUCCUUUGAAGUCUUUGGGAAAAUCACCAAUCCGAAACACCGACUUUAAAGAUCGUUAUCAAUUUGAACUUAAAUCGCAAUGGCCGCCAGCUCGACCUAUGAUUGUAAAAGCUGAUUAUGGCAUUGAUGACAUACUAGAGGGAAACCCAAUAGUACUUCGUGAAAUAUCACCCAAAGAAUAUUUGAAAAGCCCUCUCCUUUCAAAUAGAAAUUUCAGAUCAGCAUUUCGAAGCAGAAUGAGUGAAUUUGAUAAAUUCCGGAAACAUACACACAAUCUUGACUCAAGGCUAUUAGAACUUCAAAGGAAAAGAGGCAAAUCUACUACAACUCAAGAAAUUGCUACAUUAAAAACUCUGGUUUGUACAGGUGCAGAAAGUUUUAUAUACGUCGAGGGCAUCAACACAUGGUGUACAAGAAAUUGUAAGGCGGGAAAUUGCCCUCGACAUAUGUGUAGAUGUAUGAACAAAAGGGUAAGAGCAACUACUAGUUCAAUGUUAACAACUACAGCAGCAACAACUGAACUACCAUUCAGCUCAACGAAAAAGCCAACGUUACCAUUUUUAUCUGAAUUUAACCAGAAAGACCCCAUAAAAGAGAAAAUAUCGAAACAACAUGGGAACGUAAAUUUCUUGUCUAAAGAGGCAUACAUGGAUCUUUACAAGCAAAACCCAAGAAUAUUUGGACAAAAAAUCAAAUAUGUUAAUAAUACGAACAAGUAUCCUUCAAGAAAUGCAAAAAGUAAAGGUACGCCAACGCGCGUCCAAAAAACCUCCACUACAAAGAGUCCCCAAAAAUCUAUUAUAUGUCAUGGUGUAAACCGCUAUGGUCAGCAGAAAGCCAUCAAAGGUUGGUGUACUGAAAACUGUAGGAAAGGAUUCUGUCCAAAACGAGUGUGUGUUUGCAAGUAUGGAUAGACGAUUUUCU